CGAGUUACCAAAAAAGAGAUUGGGUUUCCCCCUUUGUCGGCUUUCAACAACCAUCAAAAACCUACCCCUCUCCCACACUCCAUUCCUCUUUCUUCUCCUUCUCUCUCAUAUACCCUCUCAUUGGAAGAGAGAGAAAGCUUAAGGAGUUGAAUACUAGGUUAUCACUUCUCCAUAUCCUCCAUUGUUACCCAUUAUCUGACUCCAAUCAUCCAUAUACACUUUCAAUUCAAUUUUAUUGUUCUUCUUGAUUGCAAUUUUCCUAGAAAAACCAUGUCUCACGCUGUAUUUCAAUCUGCACAAAUCAUGCCUAUAAACACCCAAAUACCUAAUAAUUCCCUUUUCAUGAACCCUCUCACCAUUGUUAAUUGUUACCCACUUACCAGAAAAUACAGAAAGUCGUUGAUUAUCAGGGAUUCGCUUUCUCCUCCUCCUUCUGUUGAUGGGGAUUCUGCGAUUCUUCACUUGGAGCGUUGUUUAGUGGCUUCGCCGACGACUUCUUCUUCGUCGUCUAUGGCUUCUCCGAUUAUGAAGGAUAAAUAUGGUGCGUUUGGUGCUGUUACUUUGGAGAAGUCUAAGCUUGAUAUGACUCAGAAGCAAACUCGAUUGAGCCCUGAGCUAGCAACAGGUGGAGGUGGUGGUGAUAUUGGAAAAAAAAUCAAUCAUGGUGGUGGCGAUGGUGGUGAUGAUGGUGGAGAUGAUGAUGAUUACUUUGAUGAUUUUGAGGAUGGUGAUGAAGGAGACGAGGGAGGGAUUUUCAGGAGGCGGCUUGUUUUGCAAGAGGUAUUUGAUCGAAAAUUUUUAGAUGCUGUGUUAAAUGAGUGGCAGAAAACAGUAAUGGAUCUUCCAGCUGGGAUCAGGCAAGCUUUUGAGAUGGGUUUAGUUAGUUCUGCUCAACUGGUUAAAUUUUUAGCGAUUAAUGCGAGACCGAAUACAAUUAGAGCUAUUGCACGUGGCCUUCCGCAGGGAUUAUCGAGAGCAUUCAUUGGGAGGAUGAUUGCAGAUCCAGCUUUCCUAUAUAGACUUCUUUUGGAACAGGCCACUACUAUUGGUUGUACUACUUGGUGGGAGUUAAAAAAUCGCAAGGAUAGGAUAAAGAAGGAAUGGGAUUUAGCACUUGUUAAUGUACUAACAGCAGCAGCAUGCAAUGCUGUUGUUGUCUGGACACUUGCGCCUUGCCGUUCAUAUGGAAAUACAUUCCGUUUUGAUUUGCAGAAUACAUUGCAAAAGCUUCCAAACAAUGUGUUUGAAAAGAGUUAUCCUCUUAGAGAAUUCGAUAUACAAAAGAGAGUGCAUUCCUUUUUUUACAAGGCUGCAGGCCUGUGUUUUGUGGGACUUACUGCUGGUGCAAUACAAGGUGCUCUGUCCAAUCUCUGUGCCAAGAAUAAGGAUGACAGGUUAUCUGUGACAGUCCCAUCUGUUAGGACAAAUGCACUUGGCACUGGUGCCUUCCUUGGGCUUUAUGCUAAUUUGCGUUAUCAAAUGCUAUGCGGUAUUGAUAGAGGAUUGUCCAGCUACUUUGAUGUUAUUGGAGUAUCCUUAUUUUUCAGCACAGCUUUGAGGAUCUUGAAUGUUCAAAUCGGGGAGACAUCACGCUUGGCAUGGCUGGGAAUAGAGGCUGAUCCACUUGUUCAUUCAGACAACCUUUUGAAGGCUUACAAUCGAUCUCCCGAAACAAAUGUUUCCAAGCAAGGUUCCAACUGGUUUAUUUCAAAGAACACCAUCGUCUCAGGUCUCGGUCUUCUUGGGCUUCCACAAGGAACUAUCUCUGAUUCUACUAAAGAGUCAGAUCCACCUAAGCCUCGAAGGAAACGGGUCGUCAGGAAAAAGGUCUCACCUACAUCGUAGUGCUCCUUAGCAUAUUUCCCAUCAAUUUUGCAACUAUAAUUAGGUAGCUCUUGAAUGGUUUGCAAAACCGACCUUUGAUUACUCGAGCAUCCGUGCGGCCAAUGGCAAUGAGUAAGGAGGAUUUGAUGCAGUUUUAGUGUUCUACAUGUUGAGAUUUCUUAUGCCCUAUUGAUGUCAUAAUGGUGGAUCCAAAUGAUCUUAAAAGAGCUGUAAAGGUAGUUUUUUUGCCAUGGAAAUGUUAACACUGAGACAGCUUAUUGUAGCAUUCCUUUAUUACUGUGAUAAAAAAAGAUAAAGGUCUGCCUGUUGGCUUCUACCUUUAUUCAUUUGCUAUAAUCUACAGUAGCCAUUUCUUAUCUUUA